AUGUCAGGUAUGUUCGAAAAUGGUAAUUAUCAGAUGUCUGACGAGAGUGAUAUGGCAACAAUAGAUAUUAAUAAAGAGUUUUCAUUAUUGGAUCACAUGGAAAUUUCCAUAGUCGAAUCUGAAAAACGAGCUAAUGAUCCAGAUUUUGAAGAAGCAAUAAGGACAAUCGGUUCAUUGUGGCGCAGAUAUACUGAAUUUGAAAUGUUACGAGCUUACUUAGAAAUGACAUAUCCUUACAUCGUGGUGCCAUCACUUCCGGAAAAAAGAGUUCUCUAUGCAUGGCAGAAAGUAACUACUGAUACAUUCGACCCAGAUUUUGUCGAUAGAAGACGAGCUGGGUUAGAAACUUUUUUAUUGAGAGUAGCUUCACACCCGACAUUAUCAAAAGACAAACAAUUCAUGGGAUUUCUUCAGCAAACUAAUGGUUGGCGAGAAAGUCUCAAAGCUAUUAGUUCCUCACAAAAUCAUGAUGUAAAAUCAAAUCCUCUAAGCAUUCCUGAAAAAUUAGAAGAUCCUGACAAACAAUUUGAAUCUUACAAGACUUAUGCGACGGAACUUCAUAAUAAUUUGAACAAUUUCUUACGUCUCCGGGCAAGGCUGGCAGAAAAACAGUACCAUUUGUUCAAGCUGCACGCGAAUUAUGGCCGUGUGUUUAGCGAAUGGAGUGCCAUCGAAAAAGAAUUGGGUGAUGGAUUGCAGAAAACCGGGCAUCAUUUAGACUCGCUAGCUGCUGUAAUUGAUAGUCACCUCGAAGAAGAGGAAUUGAUUGCAGAUCAACUUAAAGAGUGGUUAUUCGGUGCAAGUGCACUGCAAGCUGUUAUAAGACGCCGAGAAGUACUGCAGUUGAGUAAAGAGGAAGCUACAGAUAGUUUGAAUAAUGCGUAUGAACAGCGACAAAAAAUUGUUCAAGGUAAACUAGGACUAAUGUCACGGCUAUUUGGUGCAGUAGAUUCCGAAGAAAUGCGCGGCCAAAAAUGUAAUCAGCUGGAGCAGAAAAUUGUUGUAAUGGAAAAUACUGUUAAGGAAGUCGAUGAAAAUUUAACAUCGUUUUCAAUAAAGGCGUUGUCAGACAUUGAACGAUUUCAACGGCAAAAAGAUACCGAUAUCAAAGAAGCUCUAGCUAAUUAUUGUUUACUACAAUUCAAACUCGCUAAAAAGGGUCUCCAAACUUGGCAACAUAUCAAACAAUGUUUAGAAAAUAUGCCUUAA